GUCGUGAUUUUCCACCUCGGCCAUUCGUGAGGAACAGAAGGACAGAAGAGAACUCACUGGCUUUGUUUCCCUCCCUCCCUGCUCUCCCUCCCCCCUCUGCACCCUCCUGCCUCCUCUGAAUGAUUGAAGCCAUGCCCAUCCUGUCUGCAAAUACAGGCCUGCAUGAGACUCUGGCCCUGCUUACCUCUCAGCUGCACCCUGAUGCCAACCAUAAAGAGGACCUGGUCUUCCUCAGAGAUGUCUUCAGUGAGAAGAGCCUUGGUUACCUCAUGAAGAUCCAUGACAAACUGAGGCAGUAUGAGAAACACAGUCCGACUCCAGUUCUGCACAGCGCCUCCUGUCUGGCAGAGGAUCUGGCAGAAGAGCUUCAGAAUGGAGCUCUGGAGGACGAUGAGAGGGAGCUGCUUCUCCUGCUGAGCACUCCUCACUUCAAGGCAGUGCUGUCAGCCCAUGACACAGUAGCCCAGAAGAACUUUGACCCGGUGCUGCCGCCACUGCCGGAGGAUCUGGACGAUGACCUGGAGGAAGAGUCUGUCAAGAUUGUCCGCCUGGUGAAGAACAAAGAGCCCCUGGGAGCGACCAUCCGGAGAGAUGAAGCAACGGGAGCCGUAAUCGUGGCCAGAAUCAUGAGGGGAGGAGCAGCUGACCGCAGUGGUCUGGUGCAUGUUGGGGAUGAGCUUCGAGAGGUCAAUGGAAACCUGAUCACCCACAAAAGGCCAGAUGAAAUUAGUCAGAUACUGUCCCAGUCACAAGGCUCCAUCACUCUGAAAAUUAUUCCAGCUGUUGCAGAAGAAGACAAACUGAAGGAAAGCAGGGUCUACCUUCGGGCUUUAUUUGACUACACGCCCUAUGAGGACAAGGCCACGCCAUGCCAAGAGGCGGGACUUCCUUUCAAGAGGGGGGACAUUCUUCAGGUUGUCAGCCAGGAGGACUCUACUUGGUGGCAGGCUAAGAGGGUGGGCGACUGUAACCUGCGCGCUGCCCUCGUCCCCUCUACACAGUUCCAGGAGAGGCGCCUGAGAUACAGGAUGAAAAUGCGUUCUUUUCCUGCCCCUAUGUCCCCCAAAGCUCCUACAUAUGAUCGUGCUGAGAGAGAAGACUGUGACAGUGAGGGUGCUCUAAAUGGAAAGGACAUAGUUGGCCUGCGCAGAAGUUUCCGCCUCCGGAAAGAUCGACAGGGUUCACCAGGAGAACCUCAAACUCCAGAUGCCAAUCACACAGAGUUCCUGAUUUAUGAAGAAGUAACACAAUAUCUGCCCCGCCCUGGAGAAAGGCCUCGUCUCAUAGUCCUGAUAGGUUCCCUGGGAGCUCGAAUCACUGAGCUCAAACAGAAGGUGAUCGCUGAAAACCCUCGACGUUAUGGUUUGGCCGUGCCUCACACCACUCGAGCCAGGAAGUCUCACGAGAGAGAAGGAGUGGAGUACCACUUCAUCAGUAAAGCUGCUUUUGAGGCCGACAUCCAGAAUGGAAAGUUUAUUGAAUAUGGGGAGUAUAAAGAUAAUCUGUAUGGCACCAGCUUGGAGUCCAUUCACAGAAUUUUGGAUCAAAACAAGGCCUGUCUGGUGGAUGUGCAACCAGAGGUGCUGAAGACUCUACGUACCGCUGAGUUCAAACCAUAUGUCAUCUUUGUAAGGCCUCGCAUCUAUGAUACUCCAAGGAAACCACUUGGCUCCUCUUCCUCACUCAGCUUGGGGAUCACGGAGGAGGACCUAGAGGAAAUGAAACAUUCAGCUGAGCGCAUCGACGAGUGCUACGGCCAUUGGGUGGACUACGUGUUGGUGAAGGAGGACCCAGCCAGUGCCUUAGCUGAGCUCCAGGUUGUACUGGAGAGGGUGCAGACUGAGCCUCAGUGGGUGCCUGUGUGCUGGGUGAGGAGCUAGCCUGCUUAACUGAGCUCAACUGGUUCAAGUUGGAUCAGUGGACCACCGUGUGCGUGUGUUUGGAAGACAGACAAACUGUGGGAAGCCUCUGGAGGUUCUGAGUGAUCCAGUGUUUACUGCCAUGCUAACCGUUCCACAAAUACAAGUUUGUGAUAGUUGGCUGAGUGAAGUCAGAAUCAAAACAUCUGCAAUGACUGAGCUGCUUUUUCAUCAGUGUGAACAUCAAGCAAGCUUUUCUGUGUUAGAUUCUUCAGUGUAAAAUGACAUACUGUAUAUCUAAGCUGUACAAUGGCAGUAGAACAGCUCUAACAGGCAUGUAGUACAUGCAUGUGGGACAAAGUUCCUAAAGCAAGCCGUAGUCAAAGAUCCGCACUCCGUACGAUCAAUUAUGUUUGUGUACUGUAGUAGCAGCUACAAUGUGAAGUGCCAUAUCGAGCAUUUACAAAACUUGUAUCGUAAAGCGAAAGAAUAAAUCUGCAGCUCGUGCUGGAGACUGUACAUGUUACUGUU